AAGCUUUUACUUCCGGUGCUGAACUUCAACUUCUCGAUAGAGAGAGCAAUCAAUCAAUCGAAGGAAGCCGACUCUUCCACGAAUCAUUAUCUUUUCGAUCUCGGUGGAGUUUCUGUGUCUCCGAUCGAGAUGAAGGACGACCAUGCUUUGACAACGACGACCGGUACUACGGCGGCGGCGAAUUCGAAGAAGGAGACGGCGGAUUCGGCCUUGUUUGGAAAAGGUCGGUACAAGUUCUGGGCACUCGCGGCGAUUUUGCUUCUCGCGUUUUGGUCGAUGUUCGCCGGAACCGUCACUCUCCGUCUGUCCGAUGGGAAUCUGAACCGUAUAUCAGACGAUCUCGGGUUUCAAUCCUACGACAACCUCGACGUUCUGGAAAUGGAGGAGAGGGAGAAAGUGGUGAAGCAUAUGUGGGAUGUGUACACUAACGGCCAUCGGAUCAGGUUGCCGAGGUUUUGGCAGGAGGCGUUCGAAGCGGCGUACGAGGAGCUCACAAGUGAUGUCCCUGGUGUUAGAGAGGCUGCCAUCGGUGAGAUCGCUAAGAUGUCGGUCCGCUCCGUCACUCUCGAUCCUCCUCCCACGGCUCGAUCAAUGAGCGCAAGGGAAUUAGGAAGGAGCCUGAAGAGAAUCCUACGUAAACCAGCAGCAGGUGGCCGGUGAUGGACCGCUGCUCUCGUUUCAGGUCUACACACGAAAGAUAGCUAUAGCAAAAAAGAAACAGUUCACAAGUUGGGAGAUGGAAGUUUGUGUGAAAAAGAUGGAAUCUCCCUUUGAAUUGAAUUGUAUCGAUCGAUAAUAUGACUAAAGAAAUCGAUGCAUGAUCGUCACCAA